CGUUCAUUCUGACUUUAAUCGAAAAGGAGAGUGAUGCUAUGUCGUCGUCUUCGGCGGCUGUGGCAGUGUCGCCGGUGACGGAGGAAGAGCUGACUCUGACGGUAAAAUGGAGCGGGAAGGAGUACACUGUUAGAGUCUGCGGGGACGACACAGUGGGAGAGCUGAAGCGGCGUAUUUGUGAGGCGACAAAUGUUUUGCCCAAACGCCAGAAGCUUCUCUACCCUAAAGUCGGCUCCAAACUCGCGGAUGAUACUCUCCUUCUUUCGGAAAUUCCACUCAAAGCCUCCCUCAAAAUGACCAUGAUUGGUACUGUUGAAGAUGAAAUAAUUGUGGAUCCAAUGGACUCUCCGGAGAUUAUUGAUGAUUUUGAAAUUGGACAAGUUGAAGAGGUUGACAUUAAAGAUAAUGAAGUCAAUAAACAGAAAUUGAGGCGGCGUAUUGGGCAGUAUAAGAUUGAACUUCUCAACCCGUGCCGAGAAGGUAAAAAGCUGCUUGUUCUGGAUAUUGAUUAUACCUUGUUUGAUCACCGGUCAACGGCAGAAAACCCACUAGAACUUAUGCGGCCUUAUCUUCAUGAAUUUCUAUCGGCCGUUUACGCAGAGUAUGACAUCAUGAUAUGGUCUGCAACCAGUAUGAAAUGGGUUGAGUUAAAGAUGGGACAACUUGGUGUGCUCAAUAAUCCAAACUACAAAAUUACAGCUCUGCUUGAUCAUAUGGCAAUGGUCACCGUUCGAUCAGAUGCUCGUGGUAUCUUUGAUUGCAAACCACUUGGGUUGAUUUGGGCUCAUUUUCCCGAGUUUUACAGUGCCAAAAACAGUAUAAUGUUUGACGAUUUACGAAGGAAUUUUGUGAUGAACCCACAAAAUGGCUUGGUUAUAAAACCAUUCAGAAAAGCCCAUGCAAACCGAGACAGCGAUCAGGAACUUGUAAAGCUAACUCAAUAUUUACUUGCCAUAGCAGAGCUUGAUGAUCUAAGCGCUCUUGAUCACAAGAAAUGGGAGUCAUUUAACGAGGACAAUUUCAAGAGACGCAGGCAUGGUUGAAUCACAAGUAAUUUUGAACCUUUUCACUCUCUUUACGUACCACUUUUAUUUAGUUGGGUUUUACAUGCAUAACAUCAGUUGGCUACUACAAGAUGCAACUACUAGAUAUGUUGAUAAUUCACAUAUAUUUUACAACAUUUUGCUAGUUUAUUGGGUUGAUGUUUGUUCUUUUGCCACGGAAUUUCUUAUUAAGCUUAUAAGGUAUAAUUGUUUCCAUAUACAUGAUUUGGUUUAUAUUGAAGGAUUGAGGAGAAGAUAUGCAUAAUGAGCUUUUUGCCAAUUCUAUGCGAAUAUUGAACU